UUUCACAUUACACUAGGGGUAUACGGGCUUUAAAAAACAACUAUUGAAGUAAAUUGACGGCUAGGGUUUGUUUGAAGGCUCGGAGGAGUUUAUUAGGGUUUUUGAGGUUAAGAGUUGAAACCUCUCUUUUCCUUCAUUUGUUCGAGCGGAGGGUGACUGCUGCAGCGCAUUCGACAGGAACAAGUGCAGAGGCGAAUCCAAAAUGGCGCGUGGGUUAAAGAAACAUUUGAAGAGGCUCAAUGCCCCUAAGCAUUGGAUGCUUGACAAACUUGGUGGCGCUUUUGCACCUAAACCAUCAGCGGGUCCUCACAAGGGAAGAGAAUGCCUUCCUCUAGUGGUUCUUCUGAGGAAUAGGCUGAAAUAUGCCUUGACAUACCGUGAAGUCAUUGCUAUUGUAAUGCAACGACUCAUUGCUGUUGAUGGAAAAGUCAGAACUGAUAAGUGCUACCCUGCUGGAUUCAUGGAUGUUGUGUCUAUUGCGAAGACCAAUGAGAACUUUAGGCUUCUCUAUGAUGCUAAAGGUCGUUUCCGUUUGCAUUCAAUCAAGGAUGAGGAAGCAAAGUAUAAACUUUGCAAAGUUCGUGGAGUUCAGUUUGGAGAUAAGGGUAUCCCUUAUCUUAACACUUAUGAUGGGCGUACCAUUAGGUACCCAGAUCCAUUGGUCAAGGCCAAUGACACCAUCAAAAUCGAUCUGGAAACAGGCAAGAUCAAGGACUUUAUCAAGUUUGAUGUUGGUAAUGUUGUCAUGGUUACUGGAGGUCGUAACAGAGGGCGUGUUGGAGUGAUUAAGAACAGGGAGAAGCAUAAGGGUAGCUUUGAGAUUAUUCAUGUCCAGGAUUCUGCUGGGCAGGAGUUCGCAACACGACAGGGUAAUGUGUUUACCAUUGGAAAGGGUACAAAGCCUUGGGUAUCUUUACCAAAGGGCAAAGGUGUCAAGCUGUCAAUCAUUGAAGAAGCCAAGAAACGUCAUGCAGCUCCAACUGCUCCUGCUUAAUUUUGGUAGAGAGAAUAUAAUUGUUUUAAAUAGCCAAACUUUGGUCACUCUAGAAUGUAGUGUAGUUUAUGUACAAUUUUGAGGCCUUUGCUUAAAAUUUGAUAUUUUGAUUUUUUUAACCUUGGUUUGUAUUAGCUUUAGCAGUACUUGUCCCAUAAACAGUUUUUCCAAAUCAUGUUAUGGCUCUUGCAUGGAGGAUGCAUGAGAAUUUCAUAAUUGCGUUGUUAAAUUAUCAAGUGUAUUGAUGUUUACAGUACUAUAUUUUUUCAAAUGUUAGGUUUGAUUGCUUUGUUUUA